UCGGCAGCUGACUGCGGAUGUGGUGAAUCAAAACUUAUGACCGAGUGGUGGCCGCCGCGGUGGGAGUUUUCGCCUGAUAAAAUAAUUCAUUUACUUUUUACUAUUUUGGAGACGUAUAGUCUCAUCAUAACCGGCUCUCAAGAUGAUGGUUCAUAAGCAAUGCCCGAAUUGUGGCACACAGAUUCCUGUAGCUUGUAAGAGCUGUCCUUGUGGCCACACAUUCAGCAGAAAAAUACCUAAUCCUCCACCACCCCCAGAACAAACUGAUGUAAAAAGGAGAAGAACAGAAAGAGUGAAAAGGGAACGACCAGAUUAUUACAGUGCAAGUGAAAUUGAAAACCAUAUAAAAAGAAUCAACAAAUAUGAAGCCAGUGUGGCGGCGGCAGCGUCAGCUUCUACUUCUUCAUCAUCAAGUAAAGAUAAAGAAUCAAGUGCAGAUGGUGGACCUCCAGUAAAGAGAAGAAAGCCAGGAAGGCCAAAGGGAUCAGUUAAUAAACCUAAAGAUGGGUCAGAGAGGGAAGAUGAUGCAUUUGCUAAUAUAUCCACAGAAAAGGAAUUGGUGUAUUCUGUAGUAUUGGCUGAAAUUAAUAGAAAAAUACAGAGUCAAUGGAGAGGACCUCUGACAUCAUGAAAGUCUGCACCUGUUUCUGGACAUUAUUGCGAGAUGUUAUUGUUUUGUUUUCAAAACAGAGAAUGUGCAUUUUCGUUUUUAAAGAUCUGGCACGUGUUCAUACACCUCAUAAGUGUCAUCCAUUUGCAACCACCAAUAGUUUUCCACAUAUUUUAUAAAGAAAAAAGAAUUCUUUCUAGAAAAGAAAAGAAAAAUGAAUUGAAGAUGUGAUAAUCAGGACACAAGACAUGUGCAUAUGACAGUUAACUGAACUGUGUACGGCUGUGCCAAUAUAAUUAGAAAUACAGGUAGACCCUAUUUAUAAAGUGACAUAAAGCCUGGUUUUUCCACCAUUUUCUUGUUACCGUACAUCACAGAUGAACCCAUGAUUUGUUUCCCUCUGAACCAGAAAUAGGAAUCAUCGCUGAUCAUUGUUGUAGAUGGACCUAUCUUGGCAGAUACUAAUUCAAUUCAUUUUUGAUCCAUAUUUUAUUGAUUUGAUACAUGAUUAUUUCAAAGAAAUGUGUAACAAGUAUUUUUGUGCUAUAUUGUUUUGCUUGUCAUGCAUUUCAAAUCUGUACAUACUUGGAUUGAACUAUGUUGUCCUCGCUGCACACUAAUUAAAUAAUUCAUUUUGAUGCUUUUACUCGAAUUUUAUUUUUUUUCAGAUCGCUUGUAUAUUUUGAUAUAUGUUGGUAAAUUAUCGCAAGCUUAAGGGGUCAUGUAUAUGAUGUGUAAAAUAUUAGAAGGGUUUUAAAUAAACUUUUUCAAAAAGGUUUCUCUAGUGGCAAAAAAACUAUUCAAAUCGUCUUUAUUGUUUCUGUAGAAAAUUAUUGAUAACAAAUCUUGUUUUUGAGAAAGUUGCUGUAUUUACCCGUAUAUAAGACCACUACACAACCAAAUGCAUUCGUCUAAUUAGAUAAAUCUAAUGUAUUCAAAUAUGGUAGUAUUUUAUGAUGACAAACUAGAAAGUUGAGGGGGCUGCUAGUUUUAAUGUUUAUCAUUACUUACAUUCCGUCCAUAUUAAUCAUAGUAUAUUUUUUGUGUUCAAAAAUUGAACUGAUAAUGCAACCAGAUACAUGCAUUACCCAGAACCCCUGGCAUGUAAAGAGCAUUCAGGUGACAGCAAGUGAAUUCUUUUAUUUAAGCAAGGAUUUUUAUCUGGCGAAUAAAAUCUAAUUAGUCUAAUAAGAUAAAUUUAAUUUGUGCAAAUAAGCAAGUAUUUAAUGAAAAUAAUGAGCUGUGGUGGUCUUUCUAUAUAUUACUUUGAACAGCAUUGCUUUUAUCCAUCUACAUCAUUUUGACACAACAGAAAUGGUUUAGUGCAACUAAUUGUUCAUUUUUGUAAUAUCUCCAUUACUGUCAACAUUGAAAUUGUGUGUUUGUUACUGUGCUUCCAUACAUGUACAUAGAACAGUUGUAUUCACGGGAUAUGCAUUUUUAAUGUUGUGCUUGUAUUUUUAUGUGAAAUAACUUAAGUCUUCUAUUUUCCAAAUAACCAUUGAGCCUGCUACUUUGAUAAUUAUGUGCUACCGAUAUAUUCUGUUCAUGGUAAUUUUAUAUAUUUUUAUUGCACAUAAAAAUCAUGUAUGUAUG